AUGGACCCAUUCCAAGGACUGCCUUCGCUUAUACAGACCGAGAUUUUCGAACAUCUCGAGACCGAGUCAAGCAUCACGCAAUUAAUUCAAGCUUCGCCUUCGAUGCUGAGGCAUUUCCUCGCCUAUAAGAAAAGCAUUCUACAGAGUAUCCUUAACCGCCUUCUCAAGGGCGAUACUUCGGGUCAUUUACUCAGAGAUGCGCUAGGGAUAAUCUACGUCUCGGACAUCACAACAGCCAAAGCGUAUCAUCAUGGGAAUUUAUGGCAGACUCGAGAGUUGCCUGAUCCCAUCGGUCUCGCGGAUCUACAGACGUUAUUUCGCCUAUUCUCCAGAGUCAUCAUAAUGAUCGAGGACUAUGCCAACAAGGCAACAAGCAUCUAUCCACCGCGAAGCUAUCUUGGCCUGCCGGAUCUAAUUCUUGGCAAUGAAGCUGAAUUCAAAGGACAGCGACUGGGCGCCAAGACGGUGAGAUUCUCUUUCCUAUCUCCAACUGAGCGAUAUCGAUUUCUGCGUGCAUUCUUACGACAUGAGCUCUUCUGCAGGGUAUAUCAUCCCAAAUAUUGGCAUUUUACAGAACUUGACGACCCCGAAGAUCUGUGGGCAAGGUAUGGAACCUCCGAAUCGCCAAGCUUGAAUGACUUGAGCUCGGUCCACGAAUACUACGAGUCAGUCUACGGAGCUUUGUGUGCUCAUUGCCAGGACUCGUGGCUACCUGAUAUUCCCCAUCAGUCUGCGACCCGUGCUAUAGAGGAACACGUAAAGGUCAACGAUGGUGGUAACAGAGUGAACCCUACUUCGCAAGACCAUGGACUGCUAUUUCCUGACAAUAUGUUCCUUGACGCCGAAGAAUACUUGGAGGACCUCAACUACCAUUGCGCAGGCAAGCAAGGCGACCUCCCAUUCUUCGGGUUAGAUCUUCUUGUACAGCUUAUCAGAUUCCUAAAAAGAAACCCUGAUAAAGGAAAAGUGAUAAGUAAGUGGCUAGACCAGACCCCAAUGCGAAGUAACGCACCGGCAUGGCUGGAUCAUCUAGGCGAUACAGUUGCAUCCGAUCAGUCUUAUCCCUUUCCAGAUCCCACUGAAGGCCAUGCGAUGAAACCGCCCCCACGUCGCAACACCGUGUAUCGAGGAAGCGGCGCCAAUCAAUACCAACAGAGAGGAUAUUUGUCUCGUCGGGAGUGGCGAAGGCUUCGCGCCCUUCAACAGGGCAUUCUCGAGCAAAGAGCAUGGGGCUUUUUUGAAAACACAAGGUUUUAUCCUGCCAGACAAUACUUCCCCACUUUGAACGACAUAUACCAACUUGACAAGCAACAGGCCGAAAUGUUUCUUGCCCCGAAGCUUGAGCGUCGUAGAAGAAGAUCCCAGAAGUGGCACGAUUACAAAAUGGGAAAGAGCCUAGAUCCUCCCGUUGAAUCGGAUGAUGACGAGUGUAGGCGCGUAUCACUCAAGGGGAAUCUCGGUCCAAGUCAACGGUUCUUCGAUAGCUCAUCGGGGAGUAAGUUACCCGUGAUCAGGGUGUCGAGAAUACCCUAA